AUGAUGAACCAAAACCAUCUUGCUACACAUCUGUACUUUCAGAACUCUGAUGUGGAAAAUCAAAGAUAUAGUCCACCUAGCCUCAUAAGAUGCUUUGUCUCCUUUACUGUGUGCUUGUGGGUGAUCCACUGGGCCCACACUGCCACCUCAUGGUAAGUAAGAGUAUUUGCUUUCUAAACCACUACGUCUCAUGUCCUUCCUCAGAUAAAGAUGGAAAUUAGUAUGUUGGAGCUUGUUUAAUCUGUUUCAGAAGCAAUAGCAGCUCAAAGCAGACUGUGGGUUUCCUCCAGCCCUUACCAGUUUCUAGUAGGUCCUGGUUGAAUAUAACUGUUCUUACUGGCCUGGCCCACUCCAAAAGCAGUCAUUCUGUUAGUCAUGCCACCUCAUUGCCGUAGAAAAGCUUCUCACAGCCUCUGAAGCAGGUUUAAGAGUAAAACAUACAUUUGGUUUCAUGGUAUUCCCAGUAAAAGAAAGAACCUCUCUGACAGAGUGCCCCUGUUGAUAAUACAGGUCUGUAAGGCCUUCUGCUCACCUUUAGAUAAAAGCACCACUGGGAGAUGAAGUCGUAGAUAAUCAGCUAGGUGCCAUCCUUUGUGGAGGAUUUAAUUGUUUGUUUUUUUAGUUACAAGUAAAAGAUGGCCAUUUAAAUGUGAGACAAGCAAAAUGAUUAUGUUACUGUCUUGAAAAAGACGACAGCUGUAAGAAUACAAUCACUGAAUGUUCAAAAUGCACUGAUUGAUCUCUAAAACGACACGUUAGCAGGUUUUACCAUAUUUAGCCAUUUAUUUUGACCCUAUACCGAUAAAUACAGGAGACUAAUGCUGGUUAGUAGUUUCAUUUUAAUGUUACAUGUUCUGUCAUAGACUGUCAUAAAACUGUGAGAUGUUCUAGACACUCUAACACCUCUGAUGGGCUCACCAAUAAGACAGUUGCCCGCCCUCUCAGCCUGGCCAUACCAAAUAAAAAUCAACCACUAAGUUUGACAGGUUGCUGAAUUAAGACAUAAAAAUCCAACUGCCCUGAAGAGGAGUAAAGAAAGAAAUCAGUUUAGUCUAAAUUGAGGUUUGUAAUGUUUAUUUGUGUAAUUUUGGUAUUGGAUCUGUUUUAAAUGCUGCACAUACAGUACAAUACUUGUUGCUCAUACACAACAGGUUUUAAAGUUCAUUUCCUUCACUGGGCCCAAUCUGGCAACCCCUGUGUCUCAAAGGAGGAGUCUCGAGGAAGGUAUUUGUCAGACACAGUCAGUCCCAUCAGACCUGUCGAGAAAGCAGGACGCAGGAUUUCUGGAGUUGCCACAACAGCAAUAGAUAGCAAGGAGCAGACGGCAGAGUUUCACUCCACCGAGAGAACUCGUGACAUAAUUCUGAAGGCCAGACCGUCACAGACGCUCACUUCCGACCUACCCGGCUUUUGGAGGACCAAGCCCACUUAGACCACGAAGGCCGGGUCCUUGGGUGGAUCCAGCCUCUGAAUUUGGACAGCCCUGGCUGAGGGACAGUUAUAACGUGAAACUAUUUGGCAUUCACCUUAUCACACAGAAUGGCACAACAAGGAAGCAAGUCAGUAAAAUUCCACUGUUCAGUCUGUCUGGAUCUACUGAAGGAUCCAGUCACUAUUCCCUGUGGACACAACUACUGUAUGAGCUGUAUUGAAGGACACUGGGAUAAAGAGGAACCAAAAGGAGCCUACAGCUGUCCUCAGUGCAAAAAGAGUUUUAUAUUGAGGCCUGAGCUGGAGAAAAACACCAUGUUAGCAGCGUUAGUAGAGGACUUGAAGACAUCACCUGAAGAUGUUUCCUGUGAUGUCUGCACAGGAAAGAAGCUGAAAGCAGUGAAGUCCUGUCUGGUAUGUUUGGUUUCUUACUGUGACCAACACCUCCAGCCUCACUAUGAAUCCUCUGCCUUUGACAAACACAAGCUGGUCAAACCUUCCAAGGGGUUGAAAAGUAACAUCUGUUCAACUCACAAUGAGGUGAUGAAGAUGUUCUGCCAUACUGAUCAGCAGUGUAUCUGUUAUGUCUGCUGCAUGGACAAACAUAAACACCAUGUAACAGUUCCAGUUAAAGACGUAAGGGCAGACAAAGAGAAAGAUCUUAAGAUGAAUCUGCAGGAAGUCCAGAAGAAAAUUCAGACCAGAGUGGAGGAAGGUAAAGUGCUUGAGAAAGAGAUGGAGGGGAUCAAACUGUCUGCUGAUAAAACAAUUGAAGACAGUGAGACCAUCAUCAAUGAGCUGGUGAGUUUCAUCAAAGAAAAAGGCUCAAAUCUAGAGCAGCAGAUCAAAUCCCAGCAGAAAGAUGAAGAGAGGCGAGUCAAAGAGCUUCAGAAUAAGCUGGAGCAGGAGAUCACUGAGCUGAAGAGGAAAGAAGAGGAGCUGAAGCAGCUUUCAGACACAGAGGACCACACCGAAUUUCUACUCAGGUACUCCAUGAUGUCAAAACUCAGUGAAUAUACAGAUUCACCAAGCUUUAAAAUCUGUCAAGUUAAGUACUUUGAGGAUCUGCAAACAGCACUGUUAGAAGCCAGAGAAAACCUCAAAGCAUUUCUAAGUGAGGAAUGGAGGAAGAUCACUCUGACAGUGAGAUCAGUGGAUGUUUUAUUGCCACAAAUUGAACCAAAGACCAGAGAUGAGUUUUUAAAACAUGCAUGUCAACUGACGAUGGACCCAGACACAGUCCACAAAAAACUCUUCCUGUCUAAUCAGAACAGAACUGUAUCAGACAAUGCACCAAAACCAAAUAUUUAUCCUGCAUAUGCAAAAACGGACAGGUUUUCCAUCCAGCAGCAGGUCCUGAGUAAAGAGAGUCUGAUUGGACCUUGUUACUGGGAAGUGGAGAUGAAAGGGAGAGGUCUUUCAGUAGCUGUGACGUACAAGAAUAAAGAUAACCUGGAUCAAAGUGAUUUUGGAAGUAACAAUAAUUCCUGGGCAUUAGAGUGUUACGGCGACUACUACAAAUUCAGACACAACAAAAUCAAAACUUCCCUCUCAGGCCCUCUGUCCUCCAAAGUAGGAGUGUACGUGGAUCCCAGAGCAGGUAUUCUUUCUUUCUACAGCGUCUCUGACACCAUGGCCCUCCUCCACAGAGUCCAGACCACAUUCACUGAGCCGCUCUAUGCUGGGCUGUGGAUUUGGAAGAGUUUUUGGACUGACACCACUGCUACGUUUAAUGAGAUCAAAUAGGCUGUUUUCAUUAUUUUGUGAACCCAUCGUGUUUUUUUUUCUUUCCUCACUGAUCAAAUGCCAAUCAAACAUCUUAGGCCAGGUGUCACAGAGAAAUAUGAAAUAUUGAUUAAAAUCUGAUAUAUUUCUUUGUGCACAGGAACAUGAAAUCCGUAGCAGCUUGGUAUGAUGAGUGCCAGUGUUUGCACAUGUAUCAUUAAUCAAAAUGUGAGAUUUGUUUUGUACAGUUUAUACUGUUGCUGUGAGGUUUUCUCUUUUACUGUAUGAAUCACUCAUUAACUUUCUCAAUCAUUUUUUAUUUCAUCCUUUCACUAUUUAAACAUUGUAAGAAAAUGACUGUAAUGAUGCGUUUGUACAGUCAUAAUAUGAAAUCAGAUGUACAUUCUUAAAAAAAAAUUCUGUUUAACAAUAAUUAUUGAAUGUUAAAAAUUAACUAGUGAAGAUAGUAGGUUAAAAAAGUUGACUAAUAUUAAUAAUGUCUGCAGUAUAUUUUGUAUCAGUCCAGCUGUUACAUGAUGUCAUUAAACUUGUUCUGAAUUUGUUCA